UUUGAUCCCAACUCGCCCCAAGUCUUGCUGUCAACUCCAUCGUUAGUCACAAGUUAAGUUUGUCAUGCUUUGAACGGCGUCUCCAAACUUGCCUCGUCAUGAUUGCGCAAUCGCGAGUUCGCGGCAAGCGUGGACGCGCUGAAGUGAAAGUGGGUGUUUUUGUCUCGUCAUUAUUAGACUCCGAGUCCUGCGGGAACUCCAUCACUCCUCCGCUCUUUCCUACCGGAGCCGCCGCGUCUGUUUUGUACGCCAAGAAGCUUCUUUUUGUUCCAACACUUGCCUGGGAUCAUGUGGAACCACCACCACCACCACCACCACGUGGGUUCUAACCUUCACCGCAUGGGUUCUAACCUUCACCACAUGGGUAUGCACGUCGUUCUCCUCACUUCGCUGCUGGGAGUCCUCCUUGCUCAAGGAGUGCAGCAGAUCUCUGUCGACGACUGCUGCAAAGAUGGCCAGAAGCAUGCCGGCGAUAAAGAAGACUGCGCGACCCUCCCGCUCAUCUCCGAGUCGCCGACGUGCAGGACGGUGCAGGAGCAGUGUUGUGUGGCCGUGCUGGAGGACAACAUGUGCACCACAGGCAUCACCUUGGCCAAAGACCAAGGAGCGUGCGACUCUCUGUUCUCCAACACCUGUGAGACAAAGACAACCAAGAUGUGCUGCGACUGCUGCCUGCUGGGCAAGACGGGCCAGGAGCAGGGACUUCCGUGCGACCACAGCCUGGCUCUGGGAUACCAGUGCGGUCUGGUGUACCGGGCUUGUUGCGUGGACGGAGCGCCGGACAACCAUACCACCACAACCACCACAACCACGGGGAAGCCUGAAUUGCCAAUCAAAGACGAGACCCCAGACAACAGAGACAAUUCAGUGCUGGUAGAUCAGUGCAAUGGCAAAUGUGCUCACCUUUGUGUGAGUAACGAGACGUGCGCCUGCUUCAAAGGCUACAAACUCAAGCCGAAUGGAAAGACCUGCGAGGACAUUAAUGAGUGCUUACUGGGAGCCAGCAACUGUCGAGGGGGCGAGCGCUGCAUCAACACGGAGGGCUCUUUUCGCUGCCAGAGAGAGGUCAGCUGCGGCACAGGCUAUGAACUGACGGACGACAACAACUGCAUAGAUAUUGACGAGUGCGAGACAGGCAUCCAUAACUGUGGUCCAGAGUUCCAGUGCCAAAACACUCAGGGGUCAUUCCGUUGUCUCCCGAAGGUCCAGUGUGGCGGAGGUUUCAUCCAGGAUGCUCUGGGAAAAUGCAUUGAUAUCAAUGAGUGUGUGAGCCAGACGGGUCCGUGCCAAAGAGGUCAGCUGUGCAUCAACACCGCCGGCUCGUACGUCUGCCGGAAGAACUCGGUCAACUGUGGGCGGGGCUACCACCUCAACGAGGAAGGCACACGCUGUGUCGACAUCGACGAGUGCAAAGGCCCCGACCAGGUGUGCUCGGGUCACGGCUGCGUCAACAGGAUGGGCUCCUACCACUGCGACUGUGACAGCGGCUACAACUUCAACAGCAACAGUCGCCUCUGCGAGGAUAUCAACGAAUGCAGGCACUACCCCGGACGCCUAUGCGCUCACAAGUGUGACAACACACCUGGAUCUUACAAGUGCACCUGCACCACUGGCUUCAAGCUGGCACGGGACGGCAGGAACUGUGAAGAUCUGAACGAGUGUGAAAGUAACCCGUGCAGUCAGGAAUGUGCUAACGUGUACGGCUCCUACCAGUGUUACUGUCGCCGUGGCUACCAGCUCAGCGACAUUGAUGGAGUGACGUGUGAAGAUAUCGACGAAUGCGCUCUUCCCACGGGAGGUCACAUCUGCUCCCACCGAUGCCACAACACUCCUGGAAACUUCCACUGCUCAUGUCCUGUGAGCGGCUACACCUUGGCGCCUAACGGACGCAGCUGCCAAGAUGUUGAUGAAUGUGUGACAGCGACGCACACCUGCUUGGAAAACCAGAGCUGCUUCAAUGUGCAGGGGGGAUUCCGCUGUCUGUCCUUCGAUUGUCCCGCCAACUACCGCCGCGUCAGCGAAACUCGAUGUGAACGCUUGCUUUGCAAUGAGUCUGUCGAGUGCCCGGCCAUGCCGCUGAGAAUAACCUACUACUACCUCACCUUCCCCACCAACAUCCCCGUCUUCACCAACAUCUUCCGCAUGGGCCCCUCCCACAUGGCGCCGGGCGACGACGUCGACAUCGCCAUCACGUCGGGCGACGAGGGCGGCUUCUUCAAGGCGGAGCGGGUGGCCAACGGCGGCGUCCUGUCCGUGGCGAGGCUCAUCGCCAGCCCGCGGGACUUUGAGCUGUCCGUGGAGCUCAGCCUGCGUCGCCACGGCACGCUCAGCACGUACUUGGCCAAAGUGGUGGUGUUUGUCGUGCAGGACGAGCCGCCCGUCGCUUACGACCCUCUUCUGGAAUAAAGCUGAGGGUUGCUAGUCAUGUGUUAUCUUUCCUGCACUUUCCCUGAUUACAUGGCAACAGCUGUUUCCAAGGGAGGGGGGUCGUAAACAGUCAUCGCAUUUGCUUACAAAACAGUUCAAAGAAAAUGUCGUAAAACAGUUCAAAGAAAAGGUACCUGGAGCUCGCGUCAGGUCCUGCUUCCUCUCCGCUUUGUAGAUCUCAGGUCAAGACAAAGUCUUCCUGUGGAUUACAAUACAUCAAAGAAACCGACACCCUCAUGUCGCUCCCCAUCCUACACGGUGGAGUUUUACAAGCCUUCUGCUUGGUAAGAUCAAAGACAGCUGGAGUGAACGCACUCAAACAACACGGUAUGAGACUCGAGUCGCAGGAUCCAGUAAAAAAAGUCAUAAAAUGACGAGAAAAAGUCAUAAUUAAAUAAUAAAAGAAUAAAGUUGUCGUGUUACGUGAGUAAAGAAAUCACGUGACAUAAAUAAUGUUGCAAAAAAUAAGGAUGAACCUGCGAUUUUAUCAACCUAAGUCAGAAUAUUAUGAAAAAAGUGGUAAUUGUACUAGAAUAAAAUGGCGAUAGUACAAGAAUAACAAGGCCUAGUGUUAAAAGAACGAAAAUGUUAAUAAAAGGUAGAAAAAAAGUCAAUUUUCACAAGAAAGUACCAGUAUUUUUUUCCAAAACAAAGUAGAUCCCCCGCCUAUUUGUGGUUUGACAUUUGCACGCCCACAUAUUUCUUCCCUGCUUUCAAUUGUAAAUAAAUAUUGUUAACAGGAAGCGUUUUGAUGGCGUUAUCUGCAGGAGAAAAAAAAAAGUGUCAUUUAGCAGAAAAAUGCGUUGACAAGACUUAAUGUAUGCCGUUUUAUAUCGCAUACAACUGAAUUUAAAAUGUACAUAACUGUGAGAGGCACAUUAUAUGAUUUAGAAUAAAAACUCAUAAUAUGGACACAUAUAAAAACCCCAAAUUUUUUUUUGAUAGUCUAAACCAAUGUUUUUCAACCACUGUGCCGCGGCGUGAGAUACAGUCUGGUGUGCCGUGGGAGAUGAUCUAAUUUCACCUAUUUGGGUUGAAAAUAUUUUUUGCAAAGCAGUAAUUCUAGUCUGCAAAUGAUGUGAUGUUGUUGAGUGUCGGUGCUGUCUAGUAACCGUGUAAUACUCUUCCAUAUCAGUAGGUGGCAGCAGGUAGCUAAUUGCUUUGUAGAAAUGGGAAACAGCGGGAGGCAGUGUGCAGGUAAAAAGAUGUGUAAUGCUUAAAUCAAAAAUAAACAAAAGGUGAGUGCCCCUGAGAAAAGGCAUUGAAGCUUAGGGAAGGCUAUGCAGAACCAAACUAAAACUGAACUGGCUACAAAGUAAACAAAAACAGAAUGCUGGACGACAGCAAAGACUUACUGUGGAGCAAAGACAGCGUCCACAAAGUACAUCCGAACAUGGCAUUACGUUCAACAAUGUCCCCACAAAGAAGGAUAAAAACAACUGAAAUAUUCUUGAUUGCUAAAACAAAGUAGAUGCGGGAAAUAUCGCUCAAAGGAAGACAUGAAACUGCUACAGGAAAAUACCAAAAAAAGAGAAAAAGCCACCAAAAUAGGAGCGCAAGACAAGAAGUAAAACACUACACACAGGAAAACAGCAAAAAAGUCCAAAUAAGUCAGGGUGUGAUGUGACAGGUGGUGACAGUACACCUACUUUGAGACAAGAGCUAUAGUGAUGCAUGCUUGGUUAGGUUUUAAAGUCAUAUCCAACAAUUGCGACGACGACUUUUUACUGACAACUGAGUUUCGUUUUUUAAUGAUUUCUGCUGGUGGUGUGCCUCCGCAUUUUUUCAACGCAAAAAAGGUGCCUUGGCUCAAAAAAGGUUGAAAAACACUGGUCUAAACUUUAGAUUCUAAACAUUAUAAAGGCAUUUUAGAGGUUUUUAUGGGUGUUUUUUUUUUUUUAGCAAAAUUUAGAGUCUACAGCUAUGAAUAGGUGGGAUUUACUGUAUUUCUAUAAUAACGUGUUAAUGGUAAAAAAUAGAGAAUAAUUUAAUAGAGAUAAGGGUGUAGUAUCACUCAAAGUUGUGGUAUGAGAAAUGUGCAGGAAAUAAGUGGUAUACUACUAAAAAAGUGGUAUUUUUUUGAAAGUCUAAACUUUAGAUUCUAAACAUAAAGGCAUUUUAGAGGUUUUUAUGGGUGUUUUUUUUAAGCAAAAUUUAGAGUCAACAGCUACAAAUAGGUGGGAUUUACUGUAUUUCUAUAAUAACGUGUUAAAUGGUAAAAAAUAGAGAAUCAACUUUUAAUUUAAUAGAGAUAAAGGUGUAGUAUCACACAAAGUUGUGGUAUGAGAAAUGUGCAGGGAAAAGUGGUAUACUACUAAAAAGUGGUAUUUUUUGAUAGUCUAAACUUUAGAUUCUAAACAUUACAAAGGCAUUAAAAAAAAUAAAUAAUAAUAUUAAUAAAAUAUAUUAAAAAAUAAGAAUAAUUAAAUAUAUUUAAAAAAAAAGAAUUAAAAGAAGAUCACAGACAUGCUGACACACAAGGUCACUACCCCAACAACUGGCCGACUCGCAGCACCUCGGAAUACCUUGCAGCACCAAGCUACCACAGUAGACGCAGGGACUAGACUAGAUUUUAGAGGUUUUUAUGGGUGUUUUUUUUAGCAAAAUUUUGAGUCAACAGCUACAAAUAGGUGGGAUUUACUGUAUUUCUAUAAUAACGUGUUAAAUGGUUAAAAAUAGAGAAUACACUUUUAAUUUAAUAGAGAUAAGGGUGUAGAAUCACACAAAGUUGUGGUAUGAGAAAUGUCAAUAUGAGAUGAAUGUCAUUUUGAAUAGUCACAUGUUUAACAACAUGAAUAAAGUGGUGUGAGGGAUCUCGAAAUUGACAAGAAAACUGAACAAUUUUAGAAUAUUUUACAGAAAUAGUCUUUAUACAAAAGUGAUAACUACACUAUACAUAUGGGCUAAAUUAUGAUCAAUUAAAAUAGUCCUCAUUUUGUUCAUAUUUACCAAAAAAAAAGAGACUUCAUUUAAAAGUCACAAUAUUAUGUCAGAAAAAGUUCCUGUUUUACUAAGAUGCAGUUUUUUAAUUUGAAUAAACUUGCAAUUUGAUGUAAAUAAAGGGAAAAAAAAAUCAUAAUUCUACAAAAAUUCAAAAGUAUCAUUUUACAGGAAUAUUUUAUGAUAAUAAAAGAAGCCAACAUUUUUUAUACAUAUAUAUUGUUACCAAACUGCAUAUGCAGCCUCCCCUGCAAGGAAGAUAACACAUCAUGAGCAACUGCUGCUUUUUUAUUGGCCGCCAGGUGGCGCAACAGGUCAGGAUAAUUCCUCACAGGCCUGCAACAUGGACGACUUAGAUUGUUGCUUGCAUGUGAUGAUUUAUUGUGCUUGAUGGUUUGUGUGUUGGCUCAGCACUUUUCUAAUAAAAGAGGAAUAAGGCAAGCAAAGUACGCUCCUUCCUGGUGACGCAUUUUCAAAUGAAACACAAGCGUUGGGAGUUAUUCCAAAAACUGAACACAUGCAAAACUCAAUCAACUCUGCUGUGUUUUAAGAUAAUUGAUAUAAAAAUGCAACCUUAGAGUCGUGCAUGUUCCAACCUUCACAAACACACUGAAAUAAAUACUGGUAAUCAAGGUUUGCUGCGUACCUCGCUUUUACAGACAGUUCAAUUAUGAUUUUAUUUCUAGUGCAAGAAAGUCCCUCGCUUGGCUAAAGUGCAGCAUUUAAUAGUUCCAGCUUUGAUCACUACACAUGUCGCAGGAAAGGCCGAGGGCCAGCAAACAGGAGACUUCACAGCAGGAAUGCACU